UCCUUUGUACAGCAGAAUAAAGAGACACUCGACGCCGUUUGUACCGUUGUGCGAUCUGCUCAGAUAAAUUAAGAGCUUGGUUCGGUUCGAAGAUAAUGGUCAGUAUCAAGCAUCUAAUCGAAGAGUGUGCUGAGUGCUUUUCCUUCAUGACAUCUCUCUCGAGCGGAACGAUUCGUCUGAGCAGAUCGUGCGCAUUCCUCGCCAAAUGACAGAACGAACGUAUUUUCGUUGGCGUGUUCGUUUCAAAAAGCGAAACGCGUGUGAUCACGCAACGUAUUGUAAAAUGGGGGACCAGAAGGCUCAGCACGGCACACAGGAGAUGAGAGGCUGGCUCUUUAAAUGGACUAAUUAUUUGAAAGGUUACCAGCGAAGAUGGUUCGUCCUGACAAAUGGCCUACUGUCGUAUUACAGGGCUGAACCAACAGGGGGGCCAAAGAUAUCAACACGACGCAAGCGGAAGGCUGGCAGAGCCUCCGAAAGUCCGGCCGAGAUGUCGCACACGUGCCGCGGCACAAUAUCUUUGCACGGGGCCUUAAUACACACCGUAGACGCUUGUACGUUCGUUGUGAGCAAUGGCGGCACGCAAACCUUCCAUAUCAAGGCGUCAACAGAGGUGGAACGUCAACAGUGGGUCACGGCCCUUGAGUUGGCGAAGGCCAAGGCCAUCCAGGCGAUGGAAUCCGAAGAAGAGGAGGAGGAAUUCCAGGACAACGAUAGUCAAAAGCCAGAAAACGUGUCUGUGAUAAAGGACCUGUCCCAACGAUUAGAGGAGUUACAAUCCUGUUACGAUUUGAUUAACAAGAGAGGCACGAUGCUUCAACGGUCCUUGAAUGACCUCGAAGCGAUUGAACCUCCGUCACCGGAAUUGUCAGCGAAAAUAAAGACAGUCAACGAACGAGCCGCGCUGUUUCGUAUUGCAGCCAAUGCUAUGGUUAAUAGUAGCAAUGAGUAUUUGCAACUAGCACAGCAGCAGGAGCCCAAAUGGAAGAAAAUGCUGCAGCACGAACGUGAUCAGAAGGUGCGGAUAGAGAAAAUGGUCGAACAACUGGCUAGGCAGCACUCCCACUUGGAAGAAGCUGCACAGCAUGCGAUACCGUCGGCGGUUCCAGCAGGGGGGCACAGAUCUUCGCACACAACGGUCACAACUUCUCCAUCCGAGGAUGAGGAGGACAAUGUAGAAUUCUAUGAUGCUCAAGAAUCAGACACGUUUACAUUAAGUAUUCCAGGAGUUGCAACAAGCAAUUCCAGAGAUCGAACUGACUCCCAAGGUAGCGAUGAUGGCUCUAGUUCAGAAGGAGAUCAAACACCAUUGCCUGUGUCAGAAAAUAAAGGUGCAAACUCCUUUCUUAUUGUGACCGACUCUACAAUAGUACAAACUCCCUCAUCCGCUGAUAAUACAGACAAUCUGGACAAUACAAAUUGGCAAACCAACAAUGGCAGCAGUGGCAGCUCCGGGGUAACCAGGGCUGGGUCCCAAAAGCAACGGAGGUCUAAUGUACCUGAAAAGCCAAAUUACCAAUUAAACCUAUGGAGUAUCAUGAAAAAUUGCAUUGGCAAAGAUUUAUCAAAAAUUCCUAUGCCUGUCAACUUCUCAGAGCCACUUAGUAUGCUUCAGCGGCUGACAGAAGACUAUGAAUAUGCAGAUAUUUUGGACAGGGCAGCAGAAUGUACAGAUAGCUACGAGCAAAUGGCUUAUGUGGCUGCAUUUACUAUAUCCAGUUAUUCCACAACUGCCAUUAGAACUGGCAAACCUUUUAAUCCAUUAUUAGGCGAAACGUAUGAAUGCGAUAGAAUCGAUGAUUUAGGAUGGAGAGCAAUUUCAGAACAGGUAUCUCAUCAUCCUCCUAUGUUGGCGCAACAUUGCGAAGGCCGAAAAUGGCGUUGCUGGCAAGAGUUCACCAUGGCGUCCAAAUUCCGUGGAAAAUACCUUCAAGUAAUACCAUUGGGAACUGCUCACCUCGAGAUGGAAGGGGGUAUGCAACAUUACACGUGGCGGAAAGUCACGACCACUGUACACAAUAUUAUAGUAGGGAAAUUAUGGGUUGAUCAAAGCGGUGAUACAGACAUAAUCAAUCACAAAGAAGGUAUCAAGUGCCAUUUGAAGUACACACCAUACUCGUACUUUUCGCGGGAUAGUCAACGUAAGGUGAAGGGAGUAGUUAUGAAUUCGAAUAACGAAGUCAAGUGGGUAGUACAAGGCACAUGGGAUUCGAAGAUAGAAAUUGCACCUGUAAUUAGUACGUCUGGCACAACAGACAAUCCAGUUUAUAAAACAGGGCCUUACAUACUCGCUUGGAAGAGGCGUAUGCCAUCCGAAGACUGCGAAAAGUAUUACAACUUCACGGAAUUAGCUUGCCAACUGAACGAGCCCGAGGAGGGUAUAGCUCCAACAGAUUCCCGAUUUAGGCCUGAUCAGAGGUUGAUGGAAAUCGGCCAAUGGGACGAGGCAAAUGCAGAGAAACUUCGAUUAGAAGAGAAACAGAGGGCCGUCCGGCGUGCUCGGGAACACGAUGCUGAGAAAGCAGCUGCUCAAGGUUUACCGUACGAAACGUAUGUACCGUUGUGGUUUAAGAAAGAGCAGGAUCCUUAUACAGACAGUCUGUGCUACGUAUACGGUGGCGAGUACUGGGAAUGUAAAAGUAAAGGUGACUGGUCACGAUGUCCACAUAUAUUUUAGCUUAUUAUAUAAUUCUAUCAAUUAAUAAUGAUGUGACCGCUAAUAUACAGUAUGGAAAAUGUUUGGAUUUGUUUAAAGUGCGAAAUAGUCGAUAUAUUAGAGAUCACUUUCCGUGGUGGAGACUAUUGCUUUUAAGAAAUGCUGACACGACAAUGGGGUUGUUAGAGAUCAUGAUGUAGUUGUAACUUCUUCCAAUGAACUGGACAAAACGUCGGCAUAUUUUGACACAUUAAGACGAGUGUUUUGUAGUUUAUCAUUGCCUCCACAUUCUGACCCCUGCUCCACCCCGUUGUUCUACGCGUCCUUCUGUCUAUAUUGUCACUACAUCCCUCUCAUUAACACCUACUUUUUCUAAACAACCUGUAGAUUGAUGCAUUGAAUCCGUACGGCCCAAUUAAUGCUUUUGCAUACAACUUUUGUAUAGACACUGAGAAAAUUUUCUGUAUUCGCCACUAGGUCGGACACGUAAUAUACAUAAACGAUACAUUCGCAAAAUGAUCCAGAUACUAUUAAUAAGCGAUAAUAAGUUACAAGAGAUUUUGUUACUUCGGUUCCAAACUGAAAUAGCAAUAAGAUUGAUGAUGAUUUUUUAUAACGAAAGCAUCGGUGUGGUGAGUGAAGCCACAAUUACAACUGGGAGUUGGAAUCAUACACGAGAAUCCACUUAAGUGCUAACUGCAGUAUUCGCGAUUUGUUCUAAAUGAGUCUAGAUAUGUAAUCGAUUUGUUUUUUUUUUGUUUUUUUUUUUAUUAGAAACCGAAGAACUGACUGUAAGUUCUAACGAGAUCGAUCGUAAAUACCGAACUUCAGAAAAUAUAAUGAAUUUUCUGACGGAAUGGUUCUUGCGCAUCUAUCGCGGGGAGUACUUACGUAGACUAUAAACAUGUAUUUUCGAUGCUCGAUGCGAUGCCAGUGUUAAUUUCAGCGAAUUGAUAAGCAUAGAGAAACAAAUUUUCAUAGUACCGCUGAGUAUGUAAAACCGGAGGAAACGAGGGAAGCAACCAUGUUUAGUGUGUCUGAAACGCCUUAUUGAAUUAUUUAUGUAAAAGUAGAUACAGUAGGCGAUGCCUUUUUUACAUAUUGGUCAUUUACACGUGCGGCGGUGCGGCCAGACUAUUCACUCGACUGCCACGUCUUAACCUUUGCGAGAAAAUAAAAAAGAAAAUAAUGAUUGGAUAAGAGGCGGCAUUCGUUACACUGAUGGCGACAAUCUGUAACCGCUUUUUCGAAGAAAUGUUCCUGCGGAUAUGAAGUAUUUGUAGCAAUGAGGUGCGAUUGGUGAUUGUAACGUACGACUAUGAUGAGUACGAAGAAAACAAAUACAUAUAUAAUACGGUGAAUGGAUACGCUUCCAAAUUUCUGCAAUGUUUUCCGUGCAGACGUAGACGCUAAAUGUUCCACAAAGAUAGGCUGGUAGCCUAUGCUAGCCUAAUUAACUAAUACACUCCGUCGAACUAAUGUAAUGAAAUAUAUUUGGUAUCAAUGCAACAAGAGCGCAAAGAAAAUUCGAAGUCAACUCCAAGAGCCAACAAAUUGUAAUAAGUUGUCCCAUUCGAAGGAUUCUUGUGACAUAACCGGACAUAAAAAACGCAGGAAUACCUUUUUUUCGAAUACUAUAGUAUGUAGACACGCACACAUCCAUACACAGGUACAGGAUACGCGACCGUGCGCGUAUUACUUGCGUACGUACGUAUAUAUGUAUGUAUGUAUGUAUGUAUGUAUGUAUGUAUGUAUGUCCAUAUAUGUAUAUAUGAUAAUAAAAACCAUUGUAUAUCCCUCUUACAAGCACAUCGUACAAUGGUUCCGUUCAUAGUGUUUGUAUAUUGACAGUUAAUUAUUCCGGUCCGUAGGAGACUAUACUGAACGGAACACCUAGCUUGCAACCAAUGUUUAUGAUGAUUGUUACGAUUAAGUAUUUUGGCUGUAUUAUAAUUUUAAUAGUGGAUAAUAAUCGGAUAUAUCUGUAUACAUAUAAAUACGAAUUAACUAUACAAAAAAUGAAUAAUUUAAAAGAGGAUAAGUUAAGACGGAUAGAAGACGUUUGGAUUAUAUUAGUGCUUGUACAUUAGCUAUUCGUGUGAAACUAUAAAAUACGAAUGCUUCGCUACAAAAAGAGAGAAAGAGAGAGAGAGAGAGAGAGAGAAACGAAAAUAUCUUUGUAGCAUUCACAUAUUUGCCUUUCGGCAUCAUCUCCUAUGUAACACCCGUUGAUCGCACAAAUGGUGCAAUUAUUUAUACGAUAAAUAACCAUAGCCUUUGUUCCAUCGAAUGAAUUGUAUUGAUUUAUUGUAACAAAUUAAAAAUGAACGGUCGUGAACGGGUAACGAUCA